CAGUUUGACCACCGAUUAGUACACAAAUCAAAAAGUCAGCAGUCAAGUUUUCUCAAGAGAAAAAUGGAGUCGCCACCCAUGUUCAACAGUGUGGAGGAUGAGUGCAGAUAUUGGAAGGAACGAUCCAAGCAGUACCACAAAGAGUGGACAGAUGUGAAACAGGAAUACGACGAGUUCGUGGAGCAGUCACGCGAAAUGGAAAUCGAAAUGGACGCCACUCUGGACCAGAAGCAGAGUAUAAUCAAAGAUCUCACAGCCAAGCUCACAAUGCUUGAGCGGGAAAACGAGUCCCUCAAGCUCAAGUUGGACUCGCAUGGCAUUGAAAUGUCAAACAUGGAGAAGCAGCUGGAAACAGUGAAGAAGGAUCGGGACACCAUGAAGGUGUAUCUGCGGCAGCUGGAGCAGAAGAACGACGAUCUGGAGCGUGCCCACCGCAUACUGAACGAAAGCAUAGAGAACUUCGAGAAGAUGCUGGAUCAGGCCUACGAGAAGAACGCCCUCCUCGAGCUGGAAGUGGAUGAGAAGGGUCUGCUGCAAGAGAAGCUGCAGCGGCUGAUGGAUGAGACGAGAGAUCUCAAGCAGGAGCUGAAUGUGAAGUCACGCUUUACCCCAGUGGUCAAUGGAACGAGCAUUCCCACGGCCACCGACACCACCAACACGGUGAACAGCUCGAUGAACUCGUCCGCCUCGCUGCCAAACGGCAUUGUGGCCAACGGCGAACUAGCGAAUCACGACAAUACCGUCACCACAAGAGCCACCAGCAUCAGCGUGAACGCCCUCAAUGGCAGUUUAGUUAAUAGAAACGAAUAUAGCCAGCAGCAUUCGCUUAAAAAUCCCGAGAACCAAAUCAAUGGCAAUUCUAUGAACCCCAGCUCCCGCACAACGGCGCUCAACAUUGUGGCCGACAUGUUAAGAAAACUAAACGCCAUGGAGACGAAGCUAAAGACGUACCGCGAGAAUGGCCAGCCCAUGCCCCAGCGACAUCGCUCUGCCCAGCAGUCCACCCACCCGGCGCUGGCCGGCCUGCCUUGCCUCUCGCUGGAUGCCGAGUGAUGGGGAUCACAGCCUGCUCAGACUCAGACUCAGCCUCACCUGCAUCCUCAAAUGCAACCCCCACCCAAAUCACCAAUGAUGGGUUACUGUUCAGUUGGCUUUACGUUUACGUUACGUUACUUUAAUGUUACUGCUAGCAUUAAUUUAGCUUCUGCUGCCUCUUUAUUUAUUUGACCCGACUUGACUUUGUAUAAACCAUUUGCGAUAUUAUCAAUUACACAACAACAGUUGAUGUUGUCGUUUCGAGCCCAACAUGUAACAUGCCUUAGUACGAAUUAAGAGUAUAAAACCUAAGCUAAGUCCCCCAACUCGGUUCACACUUCGACUUCAAUUGUUAACAGCAACGCGAUCGUUUAUUUUGGCAUACAAUGUGUUUAGCGAGUAAGUUUAAAAGAUGAUCACUACCCGGCAAAAAACAAGCGAAGAAGCUCUGUCCAAGUAUUAUACUUAAAGCGGACAACAAAUACUCGUAGCGUUUAGGAAAAAAGACAAGAUCUAAACCGAAAAAUACAACCGAUCACCUAGUUUAUACUGAAACUAUCCCAAGAGCUAUUUUUCUGUUUAUAUUUACGAGCGAAUAUAAAUUUGUAAAAAACAAAAGGCAAAAAUAUUGUUAACGGCAAACUGUAUAAAGCAUAAAACAAGAAUCCAACGAACAGGCAAGAAAAUAUCUGUAUAUGUAUAUGAAUAAAGAGCAACAUAAUUAGUUUAAUAGAAACGCA